CAGGGAUUUCCUCCAUUGCAGGUACUGCUUCGCUUUUCCACAAAUAGCACAAUUGCACUGUGUCGUCACCUCCUUAAUGCGCUGAAAUUUCCACAGUCCCUGGGGGUUCGCCCUCCUUUCAGUUUCCAGUAUCCUAUAAGAAGGGUGAGAGACCAGAGAUUCAGCAUCAGAUGGCAAAGGGUUUGAAGGAGUCCAAGCUCUGGCUCAGCUGCUGCAGCUCUUCCCCACCCAACAGCAACAUGAAGGUCUCCGUGGCUGCCCUCACCGUUCUCCUCAUCGCUGCCUUCUGCUCCCUGGCCUCCUCUGCCCCAAUUGGCUCUGACCCCCCGACUGCCUGCUGCUUCUCCUACACAGCCUGGCAGAUCCCCCGCAACUUCGUGAAGGAUUAUUACAGCACCAGCAGCCGGUGCUCCCAGCCGGCCAUAGUGUUCAUCACAAAGAAGGGCCGUGAACUCUGUGCCAACCCCAACGAAUCCUGGGUUCAAGAGUAUGUGAACGACUUGGAACUGAACUGAGCAGAGCAAGGGCCAGACUGGGCAAUGGGCCACCCCCGGCAGUGGGAGUGUAAACCCUCAAAUGACAGGGUGACGACAUCAUUUCCUGCCAAGACAGGAACAGGAGCUGAGUUUGCCCCAAACCCUGAUAAAAUCAAGAAUUUGUAAAUAUCAUGUACAGCUAUUUAAAAUCCUGGAUCAGUGCAAAAUGCACUAAUUAUACUGUUAAUUAUGUUAUUUAUAGAAUGCUUGCUGUGAACUGUGGGGGCGAGCCGCUGGGCCGGCUCUCUUCACAACACAGAAGCGCAGAAGAUUGUUUAAUAUAUUUGGUAUUUGGCCCUGGCUGUGUCUGCUGUAUGCUGAGCAGUGGUUGGGAUGGUUUUGGCAGAAAACGAAACACUGCCUUUAUAGAAUAAAUAUUUUUAUAUCAA